GGGCUGCGGAGCGCACUCCGCGCAAGAAGGAACCGCCGCGGGCCUCGCCCCCGGGCGGUCUGUCCGAGCCGCCAGCCGCCGGCGCCGCCCCUGCGCCCAGCGCCGAAACCACUGGCAUCGCCGAGACCCCCGAGGGUCGCAGGACCAGCCGCCGCAAGCGGGCCAAAGUGGAGUAUAGAGAGAUGGAUGAGAGUCUUGCAAACCUGUCAGAAGAUGAGUAUUACUCUGAAGAAGAGAGAAAUGCUAAAGCUGAGAAAGAGAAAAAACUACCACCACCACCACCACCAGCUCCUGCAGAAGAAGAGAAUGAAAGUGAGCCAGAGGAGCCAUCUGGGCAAGCAGGAGGACUUCAAGACGACAAUUCUGGAGGGUAUGGAGACGGCCAAGCAUCAGGUGUGGAGGGUGCAGCUUUCCAGAGUAGACUUCCACAUGACCGUAUGACAUCUCAAGAAGCUGCCUGCUUCCCUGAUAUAAUCAGUGGGCCACAGCAGACUCAGAAGGUGUUUCUGUACAUCAGGAACCGCACCCUGCAGCUCUGGUUGGAUAACCCAAAGAUUCAGUUGACAUUUGAGGCAACUAUCCAACAGUUAGAAGCACCUUAUAAUAGUGAUACGGUGCUCGUUCACAGAGUACACAGCUAUCUGGAGCGGCAUGGUCUAAUCAACUUCGGUAUCUACAAAAGAGUGAAGCCCCUUCCAACCAAGAAGACUGGAAAGGUGAUCAUUAUUGGUUCUGGAGUCUCUGGGCUGGCAGCAGCUCGCCAGCUGCAGAGUUUUGGAAUGGAUGUCACAGUUCUGGAAGCCAGGGACCGAGUAGGAGGAAGAGUUGCUACCUUUCGCAAAGGGAACUAUGUUGCUGAUCUAGGAGCAAUGGUGGUAACAGGACUUGGAGGAAAUCCCAUGGCUGUGGUCAGCAAACAAGUGAAUAUGGAAUUGGCUAAGAUCAAACAAAAAUGCCCACUUUAUGAAGCAAAUGGACAAGCUGUUCCAAAAGAGAAAGAUGAAAUGGUGGAGCAAGAAUUUAAUCGUCUGCUGGAAGCCACAUCCUACCUCAGUCACCAGCUGGAUUUUAAUGUUCUCAAUAAUAAGCCUGUCUCCCUAGGUCAGGCUCUGGAGGUUGUCAUACAAUUGCAGGAGAAGCAUGUGAAGGAUGAGCAGAUUGAACACUGGAAAAAAAUUGUGAAAACACAGGAGGAGUUGAAAGAUCUUCUUAACAAGAUGGUGAAUUUAAAAGAGAAGAUUAAAGAACUUCAUCAACAGUAUAAGGAAGCAUCAGAAGUGAAGCCACCUCGGGAUAUUACAGCAGAGUUUCUUGUGAAAAGCAAACACAGAGAUCUGACUGCACUUUGCAAGGAGUAUGAUGAAUUGGCAGAAACACAAGGAAAGCUGGAAGAGAAGUUACAAGAACUUGAAGCCAAUCCACCAAGUGAUGUUUAUCUGUCAUCAAGAGACAGGCAAAUACUUGACUGGCAUUUUGCAAACCUAGAAUUUGCUAAUGCUACACCCCUGUCUACGCUUUCACUGAAGCACUGGGACCAGGAUGAUGACUUUGAAUUCACAGGCAGUCACUUGACUGUGAGGAAUGGAUAUUCCUGUGUGCCUGUAGCCUUGGCAGAAGGGCUAGAUAUUAAAUUAAACACAGCAGUUCGACAGGUUCGCUAUACAGCAUCAGGCUGUGAAGUGAUAGCUGUAAAUACCCGAUCUACUAGCCAGACUUUCAUUUACAAAUGUGAUGCUGUGCUGUGUACUCUUCCCUUGGGAGUAUUGAAACAGCAGCCUCCAGCAGUACAGUUUGUGCCGCCUCUUCCUGAGUGGAAAACUUCUGCAGUGCAGCGUAUGGGAUUUGGCAACCUUAACAAGGUUGUGUUGUGUUUUGAUCGUGUCUUCUGGGAUCCAAGUGUCAAUUUGUUUGGUCAUGUUGGUAGCACUACUGCAAGCAGAGGAGAACUUUUCCUGUUUUGGAACCUGUACAAAGCACCAAUUUUGUUGGCCUUGGUAGCAGGAGAAGCAGCAGGGAUCAUGGAAAAUAUCAGCGAUGAUGUCAUUGUUGGACGGUGCCUUGCCAUCCUCAAAGGCAUAUUUGGUAGUAGUGCUGUGCCACAGCCUAAAGAGACUGUGGUGUCCCGCUGGCGUGCUGACCCAUGGGCCCGGGGAUCGUACUCCUAUGUAGCAGCUGGAUCUUCUGGAAAUGACUAUGAUUUGAUGGCUCAGCCAAUUACUCCAGGGCCAGCCAUUCCAGGUGCUCCUCAGCCUAUUCCUCGCCUGUUUUUUGCAGGAGAACAUACAAUUCGCAACUACCCUGCAACUGUCCAUGGUGCUUUACUGAGUGGACUGCGAGAAGCCGGUCGCAUUGCAGACCAAUUUCUUGGGGCCAUGUAUACUUUGCCUCGCCAGCCUACGCCUGGGGUCCCCCCACAACAAGCUGCCAGCAUGUAAAGAAAAGUAGAAGGUAUCAGAAGAGUGACAAGACCACAGUGUUGCUGUUGUGGACUCUGGGAUGAAGAUAUUCACGUAGUCUGUAACAGUACCUGCUGAAAGGACUCAGCCAUGAGUUACUGUAUAAUACUUCCGUUAGAAUGGCCUUACAAAAACUUACCUAACCUUCGGCUUGGCAUCCUUUUACAAAAUCUCGUAUAGCUAUUUGAAGUGUCAGUGUACACAGAAUCCUUUACUACCAAGCUGGUCAGGGACUUUUUUGACUCUGCAGGUACUUUUUGAAAGGCAAGCUUAUAGCUGGAGGUUUUUUAGGGUUUUUUUUCUACCUAUAUGUGUAUUUACAGUUUGGUAAUUGCACAAGGCCCUCUAGAAGCUGGUUGCUACAAAUAGUAGCUUAGUGUAGAAUUUAUGUAAACUUCUUUGGGUUUUGUUUUGUUUUUAUUGUUUUAUUUUAAGGAAUAAUAUUUUUUGACCAAUUCUAUUCUUACCUGGCAUUUGAGAAGUUGGUGCAACUGUUUCCCUACCAGUAACAGCAAAUCACACCCCUCCAAAAUGGUCCAUUGGCUGCUAUGCCAUGUGCAUCCUGUUUUAGAAAGAAAGCUGGUAUUACUAGGAGUGUGCUAAGCAUACUGUUUUAUUAAAUACUUUCAACAAACAAAAUGAUCAGAAUUGGAUAUUUGUAAAGUUAAAAGCUAGAAAAAUUAUUCCUAUUUGUUUAUAUGGAAACAGAGUUGCCUAGACAGUAAGUUAGCUGAAGGACCUAAUCUCUUGACUUCUGCACACUGCAGGUAGUCACUCUGUGUACCUGUUGAUUUCAUUUCUGCUAGGUUGAUGAGAUGAUGUCGCAGCUGCCAUUGUUAUGCUGAAAAUCACUUUGGUUUGGCUGCUUUUCCUGAUAUUUUUCUUCUUAUUAAUUCAGUGCAUAGAGUCUUCCUUUCAUUGCACAGAGCAGUCUUAUUUACAUUUAGGUCCUUUUUCCCUGUCCUUCAUUCCCUGGUUAGCGUUAGAUUUUUCUUAUUUCUUCCAAUUUUUCUCAUCCUCCUCUUUCUACAGUUUAUUUCCAUGUCAUCUAACUGUCGUCUCUGUUCACACUGGGGUUUUUUCUACUUUUCAGUUUUUCUGUUCUCACUCUAUCUGACCCCCUGUCUGUACAUGUGCAGUCUGUCCCAGGUUCCUUCUGUCCUUGCACCUUCUGUUCUGCUGGAGGACCGGUACCUCCUCUAGUUCCAUGCUCAUCCCUCUACAAUAACAUGGUCCACACUUCUUCCUGAAGAAAAUACACACACAAACAUGACUGCAGCCCCUACUUGUUUAUAGCCGUAUUGUCUUUGGCCACAGACUCUCCAUCUUCUAGCAUCAUUGCUUCUCCUGUUUUCUUGUGUCUCCUUCUUAGUAGCUGGAGAUCAUUCUUUCUCCUGACUAUGUCUAUUAUCUUAUGGUUGCUUUCUCAUUAGAUGUUGAAGUCUGAGGGGGGGGUAUCUCCAUAGGCAGUCCUUCCAACAAGCUGUGAGAAAGGGGAGGACUCUGAUGCGGCAGGGGUAAUAGUCUGUGAGGGGGCACAGACUUGAGGUGUCAGGGGAAUAAGCCCAUUUGAAGUGGCUGAAUUUGGUGCCAUGGGGGACCCUCUAUCCUGAACCUCUGUCUAAGUUAGUGCUGCCUUCCCCGUAUAUCUAACUUGGUAAAUGUUGUUGCUACUUGAGCCCUUUAUUGAAGGGGGUACUCCUCAGCAACACUACUCAUCCUCGCUUUCCCUUCCAGGGGACAAGACAGACUUUGUGAUGGUUGGUCAGAAAACUGCCACUGAAGUGGGGCAGGAAUUGGAAGUCCAGCAGGACAUGGAGGAGGGGUGUCCAGGGGGUGACUUGAGAGUAAAUAGAGAGUAAUUUGAGACCGAAGACUCCCUACCUUAUGUUCAGGUAAAAGCCUAUCAGCACCACUACCCAGAGAAAUCCUGAUCCAGGAUGAGAGGUGUGACAGGUGUUUAAAAUCCACUAACAGCUGAUAUAGUCUCCUGGCUAGUCUGACUGAAGAUGGGAAAGAGACCUGAGAGUUGGGGUGCUAUGUUCUAUAACCAGGCUUCCAGCCUCUAUGGGUCUCCAUAUUUGUGGGGUCGUUUGCUAUUCGGAUUGGUGGUGGUGCUGUCUCUUGCCAUGAGGACUGUCAUCCCACUUGCUCUAGCAAAGUGUCAAAAAGUCAGGAAAGCACUUGUGGCCCACAGGAAAAUAAAAUAGUCCUCAACUUAACAUAGCCAAAUGGUGUAUUUCCCAGUCAAAUAUCAAGCCACUUCUGCAUCAGCCUAUUAAUAUUAUUUUCAGCUGCUUUGUUCUGCUUUAUGUUUGUUCUGACUGAGACUUAGCGGAUUAUUUAGCAGGCUAAUUCUGUCAAACAACACGCAGUAGUUUGUCGAAGACUUUCAAAUGUAAACAAACUUCCUUUUGCACAUUGCCAUUGGUUUGACUGAGUGGGGCUAAUCUUUCACCUGACAACCAGACUGUCCCACUUUCCCUUUUCAAAAAGACAUCUGAAAACUAUGACCACUGAAGUAAGAAGGUGGAGAUGAAGUCCUGACAGUUCCCACCCUUUUUGAAGGUGUGCAAGGAGUUGGUGGGUGUUAGCUGAUGGUGGUGAUGGGCAUGAGCAAAGGAAUAGGAAUGCCAGGAGGAGAUGAGGAGGCCCUCUGACUCGAUGUAGCCCAUUUGUUGCUUUCAGAGUCUUCACUGGAAGAUGAAGACCAUGAUCUGUGGCCUGCUGCACCCUGCCCUCCAUUAUCUCUAGGGACUCUGGACCUAUUCCUCAGCCAGUCCCUGCUAGUAGGUAUUAGAGAGUGAACAGCUCAGAGUACUUUCAGCUCUUAGGGGUGUUUGAGGCUCAGUGAAGACACAGAUAAGGCUGUGCGGCUAGUUGCUGGACACUUCAGAGCUGCUGUGCUGCAGCUCCUGCCCUGCAUGGCCCAGUUUCUCAUGGUCAGUGGCAUUGGUUGCGUCCUAAGCAGAGGGGAGCAGUGGCUGGGUGGAGGUCAAAGACUGCUCCCUCUAUUCUGGUUGUAUCCUGUGGAAUUGCUGGGAUGGGGGGUGGAGUAAGCUUGGGGGGAAGCACUAUCACCCCAGGGCCAGCUGGAGACCUGGAAAAGGUGGCCUGAGCACAUAGUGCUAAGUCAACUUAGUGUUGGGGUUCAGCUCUGCCAGGCCAUAUGGUGAAACUGCCAUUGUUUGUCCAGGAGCAGGAUGGUCUCGCACUCUUUGCAGCACUACCAGUGUGUGAUAUUCCUUGAGCAGGUACUCUUCCAGCAGUUAGCAGCUCUUACCCCACUGCUUCUGUCGUCCCAGGAGUGCUUUCUGCUGUACCUCAAAUGGUGGCUUCAAGUCCAGACUAUCAAUGUAUGUGUUUAGGAGCAUAUUGCUUUCUGCUCCCUGUGCCAAGGUCUGUUAGAUGGACCUUUUGUCUGACCCAUAAUGGCUGGGUUUUUUUAAGUGCUGUCUCUGCAGUCUUCCUACCCCUGUGACCUACAGAGGAGGAGAUGGCAUUGUAACUAAAUGGGUCACCAGGCCCUCUUCAUCUCAGCGUCCUCCUUCAUGGUGUAGCCAUUCUUCCCCUUGCUGCUGUUUGCCUGCCCUAACUUCCCUGUAGGGAUUGCCUGAUCUGUUUCAGUAGAUCAGGGAUAACCUUUAUCACAGAUUUGAGGCUGCUGGGCACAGUCACAAAAACUUGUGAUCAAGUCUGGUUGCACCUUGUAUAGCGUACCUUUCCACCUAUUCUCAGGGACUUGCCACUUCUCGCUCUGCUCCAUGGGCAGGUGAAUUGCAUUUCUGACAACAAAACUGAUUGGUGCCUAUUUUGGAAAGAAAAAUGUUCUUCCUUAGUUGGACCUCCCUUUCUGUACUGAAGAUUAAGGGCCACAGUAAUCUGCCAUGGGGUUCUAAAUCCUGAGUGCACACAUUGCCUAGUCAGAUUGUGAUUUUGGAUGGGAUGAAUCUGCAGGAAGAUUUGCAUUUCUCAGUUCUCCAGAUGCCUGUGUUUUUGACAGGUGCUAGCAUCUACUUUGCAAUAAACUACUGUUAGCUCAGGGUCUUUGUGUACAGUCUUUGUAUGGAAUUCAGAAUAUUUGCUAUGGUCUUGCCUGUAGUGGAAAUUAAUUGCAAAGCAUGGGUUUUCCCUGUUUCGCUAUCUUAAUAAUUGACUGGAUCAUAAACCUAGAGGAACAACUUCACUGGAGUGAUUCAGGUUUUUUCUUAUUAAUCUUUUCAUCUGACUAGGUCUCUUGCUAUAUUUCUAAAAAAGUUCAACUGAGGGUAUUAUGGUCAACAAGGUGCUCAGAGUUCAUCUUGCAGUCUUCAAGCCAUGAAGUGGCUCCAUAAAGUGAGGUGACUAAACUUAAUUUAUUUGUAUACUUCAGAUUCUUUUUAAAGGUGGUGAUAAUUCCAUGAGUUACUUUUCCCAAAAAUGUUUACCAAAAGAGAAUUAGAUGCCAUGGGCUGAUUUGUUUUUGAGUUCGCUGCUUUUACCAAUGAUUUUUUUGCAGUUUCCAAUGUAUCUAAUUUCUGAAGGUGUGAUUUUUUUGUUGUUGUUGUUCAUUUGGAAGCAAUAUUGAAAGAUACAGGAGAUGCUUACACUGACAUUCUUCCCUAAAGCACACAGAUAUUACAGAACUAUUGGCAUGCUUCCAGACCUUAUGCUCUGGGUGAUACCUGCAUCAGCUGGAUAAAUACAAAAAAACCCCACAAGUCGCCUUUAGAGAGGUCCGUGGAGAGUGAAAGCAUCCUUUUAAUUACCUGUGCAUAUCAGUCAUGGAAUGUGUCUUAUCCAAAGAACAAAUUUUCUUAAAAUUAGGGGGUUUUUCCAGCUUUGCCAAUUUGUCUGCUAAAAGCUCUUGCUUCUCUACAGAGUCUGUUGGCUUUUAUUAGCAAAGCUCCUACAGCGCUUGUGGAGUCUGUCCGUUACUUCCAGGCACUAAUAGGCAUCAAGUCAACGUGGUGUUUAGAAAUUCCCUGGAAAACAUCAAUCACAGAGGCUGAGAAAUACAAUAAAAUAUCCAAUGCAAAUAUUGAUGUUAGGAAUGCAGCCCAGGCUUCACCAUCCUGCACUUCUGUGUGCGCAGCAUCAUCAUGUUCUUAACAUACACACAUAGAUAACGGGGCAGAGUAGCUGACCAAAUUCACUAUCACGCAUGGUGAUAUGGUACUGGGAGCCUUAAAGUCAUAUGAAGGGUGGCCAUGCUUCAAAGAAACAAAGCAGACAUAUUUUUACUGUAGCUGUAGGUUCAACCUUUCUGUGUCUUGCCCAAUGAAUCUGUAAGAAAGGCUGACAUCUAGACUGGCCUUUCUUCAAUUAUAUUAAUGGGCCUGUUUAUACUUGGAAUAAUUUUUGUAGUUUCUCAUGCAAAUACUGUCUAGUUUAGUACAUACUUCAUAAAAUAACAAGCAAAAAAAAUAGCAGCAGGGUGACUUGUUCAGAAGCAUCCAGAAGUGCUAUUGAGCUGAAGAAAUCACUUGCCAUGUUCAUGCUAUAUCAAAAUAUUAGAGGUGGACUCAGCUGUACCAGUAAGUGCAAACUUCAGACUGCUGCCAAAUAAAAGAUGUGCAAAGACAUUUCAUGGAAGAUUUUGCAGGAAGAAUUGUGGUAAUGUUUGAAAUACCUACUUAGGGUGGACUUUAUCUCACCUAACCUUAUACAUUUCCUCUGCACUAGUUGUCUAGACUCCCUCCAGCCACAUUUCUCUAGAGAAACUCAUUAUGUCCCUGUGUCCAAAUCAUUUCAGGACCUUUGAGUCUGUUAAUUAGGUCUUUGAGUUCUGGUAAUACAGGACCUACAUCGAAAUCUUUCUUACUAGUAUGUGGCCACUGUGCCAUGCUCACAGACCUUGGGUAUUGUUACUGCAGUUGUAUAUCAGCUCAAGGACCUUCUGGAGAUGGCUUCUAUUUACCACUUCCAUGUUCCAGACCCAGCUCACAGCUUUCCACUCUUGCAGAAAUGCUUUGGAUAUAUCCUAUGCUUGGGGGUCUGCUGUCUCAUGGGCCCAAAAGUUUGGAUCUCUGUUUUACCGAAUUGUUUGUUGGUCCCCAUCAAUGUUGUGUUAAUUACACCUCUCCGUGAAGGGACUUCUGCUCACUGUUAUUCUGUUGUUCUCUUUUCUAGACAGUGUAUCGCCACACCCCAAUAACUUUAAGGCUAUUUCACUUGAACAAGGGUAGAUUACCUGUUUUUUAGACUUCAUGCUUAAAAGACAGAUACCUUGGCAUGCCAACCCAGCCUGGAUGAUAAAGUAGUUUUUCCAUCUAUGGGUUCGUGCCUUUCAGAAGCUCCUGAAUGCAGUUGUUUGUGGAGAGGUCCUAGGUACUUGUCUCUUUGCAGAGAUCAUCUGUGUAGGUAACCAUUUGUUUUAGAUUGCAGUUAUCUGAGUGUAGUCUGGCUGUAAGCACCUCAUGGCAGGACACCAUAAUCCCCAAUAGUGGUGCUCAGUGUGUCUGUCCUUCCACACAGCUUGUGCAGCAUUUUCUCCGUACCUGCACCAAAUGCUGCUCCUCUGCUUGAGCAUCUGGUAAUUAGUGCUAGAUUUUGCAAAUGGUGAAAUUAUUGUUUGCUUUGCUUCCAAGCCACCCCUGGGUAGCUGCACCUAUGUGGAAUUGUGUUUGAAGUUACCCAAGGUUAGAAGAGACAUGUGGACCACAACCACCUGAAAAUGGACACUACUUACCCAGGUGUUGUAUGAUAUAUGUACUCUACAUACUCAAUACUUAUCCUUCUUUUUCCUCACAGUCCCACAUAAUUUUUUUUUCAGGUUUUUUGUUAAGCUUUGUGUGCUCAUGGCUUAACACAUGGGGAGGUUCAAGUCUCAGCCAUGAUUCACUGUUAUAGGACAGAAAUUUCUCCAAUCUCAAGUUCUUGGGCAGAGUUAGAACUGAUGUUUGGACAACAUACUUCUGUCCUUAGUGACUUUUCCUCCCUCACAGAAUUGUAUCCUCACUACUGAGUAACACAUAAAGCUUGUCAAAUUGCUCAAUUUGAAUGUUUUUUCCUGAUUCACUGAGGAUACUUCAGCUUGGUGGUAAGCAUGAAAAAAUACUACUGCAACUAGCAAUGUAUGUAUAAGACUACCGAAUUCCUGUUCAGCAACAGAAGCCAACUUUUUCUGUAGCCGACAAUGAUGGGAGGAUGUAAUUCAGAACUGAGUGUGACUGGAGUACUUAAUGUACUCCAUUUGCCUUCAAGCCUUACACCCUACCUGAUGUUUCACGUGUGCCCCUUAGCCCAGAGGGGCUGGAAAUCUCACCAUCUCCUCAGUACUCUAUGCAGUAUCUUCCUGCUGUGUUCCACUGUGCAGUUGGUUUGGGUCAGCACAGGAGGAAACAUGCUUUUUGAGUGCGUAAGGAUUUAGGAUAUUAUUUACCCAGGCUUCAGGGUGUUCUGGUUGGUAUGAUCCACCCAGCAUUUCCUCAUGGUUGAAGUGUGAAGAGUUUGGGCACUGUGCCUGUUUUCAGAAGCAGCUGUGAUGUUGCAGCUUUUGAAGAAAACAGGAUUCCUAUUUAUUGGCAACUCAUCGUAGUUCUGGAGGUAGCUGGUCCAUUUGAGGAGACAGGAUAGCCAAGCUGCUCCUGAAGGGAGGUCCUGGAAUCUGGCCUGGGAUGGGAAGGGCUGCAGCUGGUAAGAUCAUCGUGGGCCUGGAAAAAACACCAGCUGAGAACACGGAGCUAGCGCAGAUGUUUCAUGAAGGAAAUGGUAAGGGAUGAUUUUGUCCUAGCCUUCACCACCCUCUGGUUGUCACGUUCAGCCUACUUGGUUUUUGUUUCAUGGUUUACCCUGUACAAUCCCAGCUUUGGUGGAUGAACCAUAGGAGCAUCCUGGAUGGGAGCUUGAAGUUAAUGGUUUCAACUUUAUGGCUAAUCCAGGCCUAGUUCUGUCAUUGCUAGGAGGAUGUUGGUUUAUUCUCCACGGCAUCAUAACUGAGGUGAUUAGUCCCAGAUACGCAGAGGCGUUACUCAUGGUGCACCAGAGAAGUGAGAGCAGUGUUGGGCACCAGUCUGGGUCAGUAAGAGUUAAUGUCAAAUAUAUUCACUGACAGGCAGUGUUGGGGCUUCCUAUGCAGAAGGAAACAGCUUGUGCUCCCAAUAAUAUGGUGGGUUUUAAGGAAGAUAAGGGGAGUCCUCGGUGCCUGAGUAAGGGAGUGUUGCUAAGGAUGAAUGAAGUUGUUUGGCU